CAUAGGUAGACUAACGCUGAUUGAUAGGCUGACAUUGAUAACAGGUUCUUGUUCUUCAUCUUGACACCUUGACUGAUUCACAAUACAUGGAAGUGAAUAAUCUAAGACAGUCAUGUCAGCAAGCGGAAGAUGCUUUCACUCAAGGCAUGGAGAAACUGCACUCUGACUCUUGCUGAAACUGUUGCUGCUUGUCAACUGGUAGAAGGAGGUUACAUCCCAAGGAUGCCUACUGAAAUGGAGAAGUUGGAAGCUUUAGUCAGCUUUGUGAACCAGCUAAUGGAGCUGCAUCCAAUCAUAAGUUCGAAGGGCAUGAACUCUUCAUCCACCCAAUUUGUCACCCCAAGUAGGUUUGGAAUUUAUGAGCCCAUUCACCAACUUGGCACAUGGGGGGAAAACUUUAAAAGUAAUGGCAAUCCAAAUACAUCGACGCCUAUCAUCAUGGAGGUGGAUACAAAACUAGACACUCAGGUGCAAACUGUUGACAUUUACUCUACUUGUUUUGAUACUAGAGGACACAUUAUAAGCAUCCCCAAUCUAAAUAAUUCUUUUUUUCAACUUUUCAGUCAGAGGAUAUCUAAAUAA